AUGUCAUCCAACGCCAGUCGAGGAUUGUCCCAUGGAGGUGUUCUCCACGAAUACGCUCCCAGGCUUGUGGCCUUUGAAUUCACCCCACCGGCGGAGGGAAUCAACAAAAUUAACAGUCUCAUUUUCGUAGGCGGACUCACAGAUGGAUUCUGUACUGUCCCCUACGUUUCGAAGCUGGCCAAAGCUCUAGAAAACACCGAGUGGUCAGUCUUUUCCGUCCUGCUCUCCUCAUCCUACGGCGGGUGGGGAGUCGGAAGCCUCGAUCGCGACGUAGAGGAGCUUGGCCAAUGUGUGCGAUUCAUCCGUGAUCUUAAGGCCUCACGCCAGCCUGGUGCGCCGACAAAAGGUGGGAAGAUUGCCGUCAUGGGUCAUUCCACUGGCAGCCAAGAUGUGCUUCACUACCUCUACUCGCCCAACCCCGUGCCCGAGAAGCAAUACGAUCUCGGGUUGCAGCAUAUAGUUCGCCCUGAGCUAGAUGGUGCUAUUCUCCAAGCACCUGCUUCCGACAGAGAGGGACUGCAGGCUAUCAUCGAUUCCUCUGACCAGCCCGAGGAGAUCAAAAAGGUGUACGAUCAGCUUGUGGGCUUUGCCAAGAAGCAGCCAUUCACAGAGGAGAACAACGAUGCUAUUCUUCCUAUGAACUUGACUGCGAAGUUGUCUUAUCCGCCUGACACACCUCUGAGCGCCCGGAGGUUCUUGAGCCUCGUCAGCCCCGAGAGCCCCGAGAAUCCAUCUGAUGAUGAUGUCUUCAGCUCUGACUUGACCGAUAAGCGGCUGAAGGAGACCUUCGGUAUGAUCGGGACCCGGGGGCUGAUCGAUUCGAAGAUCAUGUUUUUGUAUUCCGGGGAAGACGAGUAUUGCCCCCAUUGGGUGGACAAGGUUAAGCUGCUACAACGAUGGCAGCAAGCCACCGAGGCGGGCGGGACCAAGUGGGAUAGUGAAAACAGCGGAGUGAUUACAGGGGCCAGCCACAACGUCAAAAGUGAAGGCCAGCAGGACUUGAUUGAUCGAGUUGUUCGAUACCUCCACAGUCUGUGA